GGCCACUCAACAUCCCCCAUUCUUCUCUCCCCGUCGAUCGAUUUUCAAUAAUCAUCCCAGACUACUGUUCAUCUACAGCUUAAAUACUACCAAACAGCCUGCUUUCCAUUACACAGUUUAAGCAACAUUCUUUGGAAUUACGUAGAUUUUGCUUACGAUCUGGAAUUGCUUAUCACCGUCUGAUCAAAAUGGAGCCAUUCUCCACGGCCUGCGAACCGUGGAAUUCCCUGAUCGACCCGGCCUGCCCUCCUUCUCUCCCGCGGGUGAUUUCUCGAAGGGUCGAAUGUCUACACUAGUGAUGCCAGCGCAAUAUCCCAUGGCCCUACCGUCGUUUCGCUCGGGGCCGGUCGAUCCACGACCCCAUCUGGUGCAUAGUUUUUUAUCGGCCGGUGCACUUGAUCCACUAGAGACGGGCUCGAGGAGGGGUCACGGAGGGGCUAGGUGAGGCGUUGGACCUUUGGACCGCAAAUCGCAAGGCUAAAUCGUCGGAGCUGGCUUAUCUAUGAAAAGAUCUCGAGGAAUCAGUGGCCCCUGACUCCUGUUUUAAAACGUGACAUGACCAGUUUCAUCUGAUUCAAGUCGGGUUCGGCUUCUGUUUAUUGGUCAGAUAGUAUGUCUUGGCUGCGUUUAUUGGAUGAUGUGAGACCCACUGUGAAAAUUACCGUUACGGGUCAACACUUAGCCUUCCACCAGGCUUCUAGAAGGCCGCGAGAAUCUGAGCGAAGAGGAAAGUGAAGGGAAGAUCGAGUCAGUUGAAUGGGUGAUAUUGUGAUCUCCAUUGCCUUGCAGAGUACUAUUGAGAAGCUCUAUAACCCUGGCAGAGGUAGAGAGCGUAUUACUAUCGACCAGUAUUGCCCAGCAGUUGCCCAAGGACUUGAUCGAUAGAUAGAUAGUAAUCUUGUGAUGAUGGAUAAUAUAUUUCUCGGCUACAAGACACCCA